ACCGUAGACCAUAGUGAGCAUUUUGUGUUUUGGUAACUUUUGACUUUGCUUUGUCUAUAACGAGAACUUUUUUUUUACAAAUGUCAAAAUCGUCAAGUGUCGAAGUCUCGAGUGUCAUUAAUGUCAAAACAUUAUUGUGAUGUGGUCGUAUUUAAUUUUAGUUUUGUAGGCGUUUUAUUUAAUUCUAAAUAAAAUAAAAUAAGAUUACUAACAUGGGUACGACAGGCCAGUCGAUCACGUUGGCCAACAGUAUUAUAGGUGUUGGAAUCCUGGCGAUGCCGUUUUGUUUUCAAAAAUGUGGAGUUUUACUGGCUACGCUAAUAUUAUUGUCGAUGGGGCUCGUGUCCAGACUCUGCUGUCACUUUCUGCUCAAAUCUGCACUUCUGGCUCGGAGGAGAAACUUUGAGUUUCUGGCAUUCCACGUGUUUGGGUCUGCGGGCAAGAUGGCAGUAGAGCUGGGCAUAAUUGGCUUCCUCAUGGGCACCUGCAUAGCCUACUUUGUGGUUGUCGGAGACCUGGGACCUCAGAUCAUUGCUAAAAUGUUUAACAUCAAUCAGAGUGACAUACUCAGAACAUCCAUAAUGGUGAUAGUGUCCUUGGUGUGUGUGCUGCCCCUUGGCCUUCUGAGGAAUGUCGACAGCCUGAGUAAUGUCUCUGCCGCCACCAUCGGUUUCUACUUCUGUUUGGUUAUAAAGGUGAUAUCAGAGGCCACUUCGCAGCUCCUCACAUCAGAAUGGGGUACAGUCGAGCACUGGAAGCCCGAGGGAGUGCUGCAGUGUGUUCCUAUUUUCUCCAUGGCGCUUUUCUGUCAGACGCAACUGUUCGAGAUCUUCGAGUCCAUGCCGACCUUGUCCUUAGAGAAGAUGAACGUGGUGACCAAGAACGCCAUAAAUAUCUGCACGGCCGUGUACUUCACCCUUGGUCUUUUUGGCUACAUUGCAUUUAAUAAACACGAUAUUUCUGGCAACAUCCUCAUGAGCUUAAGUCCGACCAUGGCGAGCGACGUCAUCAAGCUGGGCUUCGUCAUGUCGCUGGCCUUCAGCUUCCCGCUCAUCAUCUUUCCCUGCCGAGCCAGCUUGUACUCGUUCCUCUAUAGAAAGGUGCACUCGUCGCAGCACGACCACAUCAUCACCCACUCCAUCCCCGCGGCCACGUUCCGCGCCAUCACCGCGGGCAUCGUGGGCGCCGCGCUGGCCGCGUCGCUGCUGCUGCCCAACGUGGAGCUGGUGCUGGGGCUGCUGGGCGCCUCCGUCGGCGUGCUCGUCUGCGUCGCCUUCCCGGCCGCCUGCUUCCUCCACCUCACCUGCAAGAAUACCAACGAAAGGGUUCUAGCUAAGGUGGUACUGGUCCUGGGCCUGGGCAUCAUGGUCCUCGGCACGUACGCCAACCUGCAGGCGGCGGAGCACGCGCCGGACAAGUACGACAGCAUCACGCAGGAGCGCAUCGACAAGAUCGUCGAGGACUUCUUCCAGUCCAGGCAGCUGGAAGAUGGCGGUAUCAUCAAAGCAGCGCCGAAAAUCGAAAUCGAUAAAGUUUCAAAAGAAGAUGUAAAGCACGACAAAGAAAAAGUCGCAGACUCGGAAGUGCAACCGCCCAAUCCGGUGCCUCCAGAAUCACAACCUGAUGAGACGCCGAAGGAUCCUCCUCGUCCCGAGAUAGUCAGAAAGAAGCCUGAAACAUCAGAAAAGCAGCAAGAGGACACACCCAAACAAGUCAAGCAAGAAUCAGACAAAGUUUCAAAGACACAUCCGAAGAACAUAAAAAUAACAGACGAAAAGCGUUCAAACGGUGACACAAAACAGGAAAAAAAGAUAGAUUCUCAAUUGAAAGAAGAAAUAAAACAAAUGAGCAAUCAACAAAAAAUUGAUCUUCUCAAACAAGCGCAACUAGCGGAGACCAUCAAACAACAUGGAGAAGAACAGAAAGAGUUAAUCAAAGAGCAGAAAGAAAUUCUAGAUAAUAUUAUUAAGACCAAGCAAGAGAUACAGCAAGAUAAAAACGAAGCGAAGAAAAUUGCAGUGGAAAGUAUUCAGAAGAUAGCAAAUGUGGCGAUACAGAGUUUAAGUGCUGUUUCAGAACAACCUUCUGAAGGUAAAAUAGAGCAUGAGAACACCGCCAAUGAGGCGGUGAAGAAAAUAGCCGACGUGGCCGUUGAAGCUAUUAAAGAAAUUAAAGACAAACCGAUAGAAGCCUUGCCUUUACUCAAUAACGUUGCUGCUCAAGUUCCUGAUGUCAUAAUAGCACCAAUACAAAAUAGUGUAAACGAAGUGAAACAAAAUGAACCAAUUGCUCAAAAUCCUGUACAAAAUGUUUUGAAACCAGCCAAAUCAAACGAUAUCAUUUUGGAAAACAAUGAAGGAAAGGUAGAUCUAAAUAAUAACAUCCUACCUGCUGUACAUAAUCAUGAUAUAGGGGAAAGUAAUAAUGUCGUUGCAAAAAAUAAUCUAAAGGCAAAUAAACCUCAGGAAUUCAAUAAUGUUCCACCUAUAGUUCAAAACCCUGUAGUAGAAAAUAGUAAUCCAGUGGAAAAUAAGCCUCUACCGCCAUCCAAUAAUAAUGUGCCUAUACAAGAAGUAAAUCCUAAAAAUGUCCCUGAAACACCAGUAGAUCAGAAGACACAUUCGCAUUCACCAGAUGAACCACAGUCUUACAAACAAGGCGAAGAUUUGCAGAAAAAACCCGACGUACGAGCGAAUAUUCUAAACGUACCUUUACCACUUGCAAUGAAUGCAAACAAACUUAAAUCAGCCGAAGUUAAACAAGUAGUGGAUAACCCUAUAGAUGUUCAAAAUGGUGUUAAACAACCAAAUAAUGAUAUAGAAAAUAAUGAAAAGUCAAGACAGAAGCGUGAAACAGUAGAUUGCUUGAAUAAAGCUACAUUAAGAGCUGAAGAUAAAGAAGUAUGUAAGAGUUUAGAUUCACCAGAGAUUCUACCAAAAGUAGACUUGAAUGAGCUACCAAAACUGCCUGUAGACUUGAACAUGGUACAUCAGAUAAGAUCUUUAAAAAGUUACGACGAAGAGAAACGAAGGUAACAGUAAUAGUUACAUUAUAAAAUAUUUCGAGUCA